AUUUGCAAAAGAACGUCGUAGAAAUUAGAGGUUUGAGCAAAUCGAGUUCUACAAAAUUCUAGGCUUGUUUGUUUUAUCUUGCUACGCACGGGUACAGGUUUCAUAUUGGAAGUACGCUCAAAUACUUUUUCAAUUUAUUUUUUCUUGUUUUUUACCAAAACAAGAAGUGAAAUAAGCUGUCCGGAUUUGGAAGCGUCCGGGAAUUCGAAUCAUGACGUUAUUUCUUUGGGGAUUCACACGAAACCCUGUUUCUGUGGAUUAAAAAUGACUAUCUGCAAAGUUGUUCUCGAAGCGAUUUCAUUUUUUUCCAGUUCAGUCACCAUAUAGUUUGCGGAAAGAGAAGUUCGUUUAAUAAUUAGGAUUUCUUAAAAAUCACGUUUAAAAUUGAUGAACGAUGAUUUGGAUUUUUCUUUUUACUAUGUGCGGGGUGCAAAUUCAAUGUUUAUUUUUACCCGACGAACGUAGCAGUUUGGAUGGUAAGACAAAACUAGUUCAAUUGAAAUAUCGCUGUAACACGGUAGUGUUUUCUAUUUCAGAUUGUAAAAAGCGGUUCUUUGAUAACACUGACAGUUGGUUUGGCACAACGGCAGUUGGUGGGGUUCCAGCAAAGCAUAAGGAAUUUACUCACAUGGCAGCAAUUGGAUGGACGCAACCGAAUGGGAGCAUUCGAUGGGAGUGUGGAGGCUCACUUGUGUGGUAUGAUUUUGUCCUCACUGCUGCACACUGUGUGCUGGUUCCAAAUAGUAAACCUCCAGAUGUGGUUCGUUUGGGAGAUAUUGAUAUUACAAGUUCAGAUGACGACGCGUGUGCACAGCAAUUUCGGAUUAUUGAGAUAUUUCGGCAUCCUGCGUACAGAGCUACAUCAAAUUAUCACGAUAUCGCCCUUCUGAAAUUAGACCAGAAUGUAGAAGUGAAUUCUCAUGUAAUUCCGGCUUGCUUAUGGACUGCUGAAGAGCUGAAAUUUGAAAAACUUGUGUCUCUAGGAUGGGGACGGACUGGUUAUGGAAAAAAGUUUUCACUAAACUUGCUGAAAGUGUCGUUAAAACCAAUUUCAACUGAAGAAUGUAAAAAAUAUUACCCAGCCGACCGAAAACUUCAAAAGGGUCUGAUGGACCACCAACUUUGUGCGGUUGAUAAAGAAAUGGACACCUGUGAUGGUGAUUCCGGCGGUCCCUUACUAAUAAAAUUGAUGCACAAUCAUCGUUUGACUCCUUUCAUCGUUGGAAUAACUUCCUUUGGAUCACCUUGUGGUCUUUCCAUUCCCGGAGUUUAUACGAGAGUAUCUACGUAUUUCAAAUGGAUAAUCGAAACCAUGCGACAAAAUGGAGCUGAACUUGAAGAAAACUACAACGAAACAUUGUGUGCAGAACGAUUUUCAUAUAACCGUGAGUUCUUCCAGAGAAAGAGUGAAGAUAAUCUCGAAGGAUUUACGAUCACACAUGAUACGUUUCACACGGAUACAUUAGCCAAGAUAAGAUGGAACGCGCAGGCUCCUGACUGCUAUGGUGUGAUUGUUGAUGAAGACACAGUUUUGACUGUAGCCGAUUGCACAAAGUUUGAAGGGAAAUCACCGAGUUUCAUUUCAUACCUCGAUGAUAAAGAAAUGCCCAUUUCUAAAAUCAUUGUUCAUCCAGAACAUAUACAAGGUACUGCAUACAACAACAUUGCCGUCUUAAAGUUGACUAGUCUGCUGGAUCUACCAUCGAUCUAUCAUCCAUCCUGUAUAUCAGAAGGAAUUCACAAAAAAAAUUACAUCAACGUGUUGGGCAAGUCUCGUCGUAUCAGUUAUAAAUCCAAGUACAAUGCAUUCGGAGAUUCACGUUUAGAUCAUCAGCCAUUUUUCGAACGGUAUGAAAUUACUGUAUUGAAUGCAAGCACCUGUAUGAUUCCAGAGCAGUUUCGUGAUCGUUUGACUACUGGUCUAACCAAGGACCAUCUUUGUGUUGGCAAUGAUGUCUUUCAAGUUCCAAAAUCAUGUGAACACAUGAAAGGUAGCCCACUCGGUUAUCAAAAUGGAUGAUACACUCUCACUAUGGCGUUAGGUUUAUUUACUCAAGGCUGCGGCUUUGGUGAUCAUCUGAUUAGUGUCCGUCUAAGCGAUCACACAGAGUGGCUGAAAUCGGUACUGAUACCAAACCAUCGAAUCACAAGUCAUCAAUCCACUAUGUUGACCCGGAUCUUCAGGAAGGUGAUGACUGUAUGCUGAACAGUAGACUGAAAGGGCGAUGCGUUCGCGAAGAUUUGUGUAUGAAUCAGCUGAAGCAACCUAUAGGACAGAUUCAAUUCUGCUCAAAUGUUUCUGUCAUUUGUUGUUCACCUUUAAACAUCAACAUCAACCGAAUCCAUCCGGAUAUUCUCAACUGUCCAUACCACGGUGAACAUGAAAUAUCUGUUGGAGGUUUUCACAAAGCACUGGUAAGAAAAAACCCGAUCGCCAUUCACACAUAUAUAAAAGUUGACCAACAAAACUAUACAGUUUAUCAGCAAUUC